AUGGAGCAGGUUCAUGGGGUAGAUGUUAGCUGGAUGACCCACGGCGGCUCUCCGAAAGGUAGGCAAAAACACAGGCCACCGAAAUCAAUACCCAUACGCCGAUCUUCGACGACCGCACCCAAAGAGUCAUCACCACUCCCCUCUCCGACCACCGGCCAAACCGCCGUCAACGGCAACACCAACGGCGCAACAGACACUUCAAAAGCGACGACAGAAGGCACAAAACCUAUCCCAGUCUCGAGACCGCCUUUAGGCAGAAGUCCAUCUAACGAAAAAUCACCAGGGCCUAACGGCACUCCGCCAGCCCGCCGGAACUCGUGGUUUUCCAACAUCUCUUCCAAGUUUUCCUCUUCGCCAGACAGCAAGGCUGCCCAGGCAAACCAGCAAGCACAAAGCACUCCGCCAAAGGACUCCGGCCCAGUGCCCCCGAAAGUAACUCCUGCAAAGAAUGCCGUGCUCGCACACGCCGCUAAAAACGAUGGCGACCAGCCGUACACCCCGGCACCUCCCGGACGCGGCCAGGCCGGCUUUCUGGGAGUCUUCCGCCGACUGUCUUCAUCAGGUGGCGUCUUGGGACAAGGAACGAGAGGAACACACGGCCUGGUGGAGCGAAAGAUUCUGAAUGUCGACCGCAACCGCGAACGUUGCCAGAUUUCGGACUUGCAUCAGGCGAAACUCCGGAGGGUCGCAUUCAGCGUUGAUGUCGAAAUUGCUCCAAUGCCCAAGUACGUCGAUACAGACGUGCCCGGUAAAAAGCCACUGGAAAAGUCAAAAACGAAAAAGAUGACGGAGAAGGGAGAGGGCGAGGCACUGAAGAAUCCGAAAAGUCUUGCAGAGCAAAAGGAGCGCGAUGGCCUCAUUCACACAACUGGCGAGACCGUGCCAAAGGAGCCUGAAACGGAGGGAACGGACACAGCCAAGGCCAAGGAGGGUGGCACGAACGGCGUAAGCGCUGCAUCCGUGGAUAAGGAGAAAGAGACCAAGAAGAAGGACAAGAAGAAGAAGAGCGAGGAAGAGAGGAAAGCUAGGAAGGAGAAGAAGCGGAAACAGGCUGAGGCUAACGGCACGAUUCCCAUGGAAAUCCACGUCGACGACAGCGACUCUUCCAGCGACGGCACACCAGCCGCGACACCCAAGACGACAGCGUCCCCCACAACAAACCCAGUGAGGAUAUACCGCCGUUGUUGCCAGUUGAGAGAGACACCCAUUCUCAAGAAGAUCACCGAACAGCUCAACAGCCCUUCAAAUUGCUCUGCCGACAUAGGAAUGAUGCAGAAGUUGGAUUUGACGGGCUACUGGAUGCAGCUUCCUGACUUGAUCACUCUGGGCGAUUACUUGGCGGUUGUGCCAGUGAAGGAGGUCAUCUUGGAGAAUUGCGGCCUGACUGACGAAGGCAUCAGGGUGAUAUUGGCAGGUCUCCUAGCUGCAAAGAAGCCUGAUUCAAAAAGGCGGAAGCAAACCAAAGCAGACGGUAUCACUACGCAGGGCGGCUUCGUCGAACGGCUCGUCCUCAAGAACAACAAGAUUGGGCCCGAGGGUUGGAAGCACAUGUUCCUCUUCAUCUACCUCUGCCGAACGCUCAAAUUCCUCGAUGUUUCGACGAUAUCCUUCCCCCGGCCUCCUCAACCUUCACAAAACGGAAACGGGCACGGCCAUCACUUGCUCAGAAAUAAUUCCAAUGACGAGCAACCUCAGAACAUAUGCGCAACCCUAUUUGCCAAGGCCAUUGGCGAACGACUAGGGGGUUCUACGUUGGAAUUACUCAACCUCGGAGAGACUAACCUCAACUCCAACGACCUUGGCGUGGUAAUAGACGGUAUCAUUCAGUGUGGUGUAAAGCGACUUGGUCUUGCUCACAACAACAUUGAUGAAAAGGGGCUCAGGCAUGUUGCCAGAUAUCUGUCCACAAGCGGGUGCGAAGGCCUUGACUUGGGCGGCAACGAUCUUCGAGACCAAACUGACAUCAUUGCCAAUGCGAUCUCAGAAAAGGACUCUUUGUGGGCGCUCAGUCUGGCUGAGUGCAACUUGAAGCCUGGCUCGCUGUGCAAAAUUUUCCCUGCACUUGCUCAUCUCAAAGAUUUCCGCUUCAUCGACCUUUCUCACAACCGGGAUCUGUGCAAAUCGGAUCCCAGCGCCAUUGGUCUCUUGCGCAAGUAUCUUCCAAAGCUACAAGGGCUGCGACGUGUUCACCUUGCCGAUGUCGCUAUGACCUCUGAGCAAGCCAUUGCGCUCGCCGAAAUUCUCCCCGAGGCUAAAAUGCUUGCGCAUAUCAGUUUCCUAGAGAACCCAGAACUGGUCAAACUUGCAGAUGCUAAAACUGAGGAUGCUCAGGAGGAAGCUUGUGCACUCUAUGCAUCCUUCCUGGCUGCCACCCGUGUCUCCAAGACUAUCGUGUGUGUCGACAUCGAUGUACCGAGCGACAAGUCCGGCGAGGUCGUCAAGGCCUUGGCCAAGCAAGUCGUCGCCUAUUGCUUGCGGAACAUGGAGCGCUUCCCCAUUGGCGACAUAGGCGCGGUCAUCUCAACAGUCCUAGCCGAGUCCGGGGAUUCGUUGCCAGGCGGCCCAAUCCCACCUUACCCCGAUGUGCUCGCACAUCUCGUCGGUCACGACGUUCUCAGAGAAGACUCGGACAACGAGUCUGCGCCGGACGACGACUAUGUCAUUGGAGGCACUGGUGUUGUCAAGGCUCUCACUUGCUGUCUCAAGAACAGGGGAGAUGAAUCGAGAAGGCAAUCUGGCGAGUUCAUCCGGGACUUUGAAGAUGGUGUCCCAGUACCUGCUAGCCCGCGACCGAAGUUGCCUCCUGGAAAGGCAAAGGAUAUGUCGAAGCAUCUACUGGCCAGCGCCCGCAAGAUUCGCCAGCGGCUGCAGCCUGCACUGUCCAAGGCUAGAGUCAACCCGCAGGAAGAUGAGCACAACUUGCGCAAGCUGAUGUUCCUCGACGUCACCCUCGCCAACAUCAUCAAACGGUUCGAAGAUGAGUUUCCUGAAACCCGUGUGUCCACGGAUGAGGCAUCGGAGACCACCCUGCCCAGUCAGAGUGAUCAACUCGGUACAUCACUCUCCUCGACGGAGGAUCCUGAUCAGCACAGCAUUCCAUCCGAUGUCGAGGACGAGACCGGCUUGUCGGUUCGGCCUGGUCUGCCGCGCACGAAUUCGACGCUGUCGCACACCUCGAAAGCACUCGCCGAAGAGGAGGGUAGAAUGCACAGGGCCGGUCACAAGAUUCGUUCUGGAAUCAUCAAGCCCGAGUACUAUGGCCUGCUUAGCGGGGUACUCGAAGUCGGCCUCGACCCCAAGCACACUGCUAUGCUUCACCAGAUGAUUGAAGAGAUCGACGACCCUGAUUUGACUCAAAAGGUUGAAGAAAAGGGCAUCAUGCGCGUCUUCAACGAGGAUCGCGAUCAAGUCCGAGAGGGACUUCGGGCACUUGAUCCCAUGCACUGGGAUCGGUUCGUUGAGAGUCAGGAGAAGGCCCGUGGCAAUGUCAAGGCAGGCAUGACCAGCCCAGCAAAGCCAGCCGAUGAGAACGCCAUUGAGGACUGA